UUUCUACUUUCGUUAUAAAGAGUGACAACGAACUAACAUAGUUUUUAAGCAUGACCGAGACAAAUCCUGAAAAUGAAACAAAAGUGGAUGAAUAUCAGGGAUCACUGGCAAAUUCGAAAGAAGACGAAAGAAGGAUAGAGGUUUGGAAUGAACUGAAAGCUAAUCUAAAAGAAAUUAAAAAACCGAAGAAUGUGCUUUUACUAGGCGAAUAUGGUACUGGUAAAUCAUCGUUCAUAAACACCGUCAUCACAGCAUUGACGGGGAAAUAUAGAUAUUAUGCGGACAUUGGCUCUGGUAAUCUGCACAGCACUACUAGAUUACACAAAAUAUCGUGCAAAGAGUAUUGGAACCCUGAAAAUGAAGAGGAUAGAGCACUAAAUCUUCCAAAUUUUAUCGACAUCAUCGGACUAGAUGUUCAGCUGUCAAAUCCAUAUGAAAGGGAUACAGUGAACAGCCAGAUUAUGAAUCUGAUUCUCAACGGUAAACUAUCAGAAGAUACCGAUCUUUUGGAUUUGGGCAUGAAAUUGAAAGAAGGAAAGAAAAUAGUGGAAAAAUCGGAAGAUGAGUCGCUUGUCAUAGACAUAAUUGUUAUUGUCGUAUCAUUGGAAGAUGAUAAAAUUCCACACACCCUGCUCGAUGAGAUUUACGCAGAAUCCAAGAAAAGAUCAAGACAAUUCCCAGUUUUUGCCGUGUUGACAAAAAGUGAUAAAUGCAAUGAUCAAGAAAAGUUGGAAAAGAAGAAGAAAUAUAUAGCUGAGGAAAUCAGCAUUGAUGUUAGAAAAAUUCUGAUAUGCAAAAAUUACCAUGCAGGUCAAAACCCAGAUUCAAGAGAUGUUGAAAUAUUAGAAUUUUUGACAAAGCUUUGUGAUCCUUGUUUGAAAGCUGUAAAACUACAUAAAGUAGAAGUUGAGGAGGAACAAGCAACGCUACCGGAUACAGUUGCUCCAACUUCGACUCCCAUUCCACCUACAAAUGGCUGUUCUCUAAUGUAGUUUUAUUUGGAAUUUGUCAUAUUGUCCAAAAAGACUACUUUCGAAAUAAUUUUCAACAAUUUUGAGAAAAAUAAGAAUUUAUUAGUUUGAAUUUUUAAAGCUUAUAUUGCCUACAAUAACAAAAAUGUUGAAAGUCAGAUAUUUUUUGGAGAAUUGAGUUCUUUACACACCUGUUGUAAGACCCCUUCCUGACCAAAGGUGAAGGUUAAUAUUUAAACUUAUUUUUUGUCAAUAUCACUUUUGGAAUUAUGUCAAACUUUACUGCGUAUUUUGAUAAAAAUGUUCCAGAGACUAAAAAAUUAUAAAAUAAGAUAUUCUACUUAUUGAGAACUUGUCCCCCACUACAUUGUAUCUUUUUAUAUUUCUACAACUGCAAAGCAGCAUAUCCAAAGUUUUGUAAACUAAACAUUUUUUCACAAGAAUGUCUUCUUGAAAGAAUUUUGAGAAAUCUCGACAUAGGAACAUCCAUUUUUUUCGUGAAUUUUAAUUGUGGCCGUUACGAUGUACAUGUAUGAACAAGUAUCACAUGAAUAAUAAUUUGUCAAAUUUUGACCCCAUAAAUGUAGUAAAAAUUAAGUCUUUAAAUUUUUUGUUUUUUAUUGUUUUUAGAAAUAAUGCAAACAUCUUUAUCAACAUAGUUAUUAGAAAAGCUAAUAUAUGACCAUUUGAUAAGAGAGAAAAACUGAUUAAAGUGAUUUUUCACACAAAUCAAUGUAUAGAAUGGGCGCUUUAAAAAGCUUAUUAA